AUCUCUGAUUGGUAGUAACUAGUAACAGUUUACAUUUCGCACAUAACUCUCCCUCUGUCUUCCACCAUCAUCUCUCUUCUGUGAUUCAGACACACAAAGCCCUAAAUUUCAAGCUUUGUCAGUCCAUCUUACCUUAUCUCACCAGCUUCUCCAUAUCUCUCAAAGAAGUAACAAACCCUAUAAAUUCCACAAAAAGGAGGAUGGAUAACUCCGACAUUCUAAUGAACAUGAUGAUGCAGCAAAUGGAGAAGCUUCCUGAACACUUCUCUAACUCAAACCCUAACCCUAAUUCCCAUAACAUUAUGAUGCUCUCAGAAUCCAACACCCACCCGUUCUUCUUCAACCCCACUCAUACUCAUCUCCCAUUUGACCAAACCAUCCCUCACCACCAACCCGGUUUAAGUUUCCGGUACGCUCCCUCCACGUCAUCAUCUCUCCCGGAUAAGAGAGGAGGCUGCAGCGACAACGCCAACAUGGCGGCGAUGAGAGAGAUGAUCUUUCGAAUAGCCGUGAUGCAGCCUAUACAUAUUGAUCCGAAAUCCGUGAAGCCACCGAAGAGAAAGAACGUGCGAAUCUCUAAGGAUCCACAGAGCGUUGCGGCUCGGCAUCGAAGGGAGAGGAUAAGCGAGCGGAUUCGGAUUCUUCAGCGGCUUGUCCCCGGUGGGACUAAGAUGGAUACGGCGUCAAUGCUCGAUGAGGCUAUCCAUUACGUUAAGUUUCUCAAGAAGCAAGUGCAGUCGCUGGAGGAACAUGCGGUGGUUAACGGCGGAGGAAUGACGGCGGUGGCCGGAGGAGCACUUGCGGCUACUGUUGGUGGGGGAUAUGGAGGAAAAGGGUGUGGGACUAUGCGGUCUGAUCAUCACCAGAUGCUUGGAAAUGCACAGAUUCUUAGAUGAUGACUUUUAAAUAUAUAUCAUAUAUUUAUUAAUAUGCCGGAAACAAAUAUUAUCGAGGGAGUUGAAUUUAGUGUCAUGAAACUCUUGAGAGUAUUUUAAAAUGUUUUUAUCUUUCCGGGUUUCGAUAAUGUUUGGGAUGGUUAAUUAACAAUUUUAAAAAGUCAGACAACUUGGUUGUAAAGAAUAAAUUUAGUAAUAGUAC